GAAAUGCAGACCAGAAAUUGGGGCAGUUUAGGUGUCGUUGAGACCAUCUACGAGGAAGAAUGCGAGUUCUCGUCUUCUUCCUCUCCCUCUGUUUCUCCUUCCCUUCUCUCUCCUCACACGCCCCUUCACUCCAGAGUCGAGGCUUGGUCUCUCGCCACCGGGCGUGAAACAGACAUCUUGAUACGAGUACAAGGAACAUGUUUUCGUCUGCACAAGGAGCGUCUUACAUCACGAAGCUCAUACCUGAAACGACAUUUAACGGAAGUUGUCUCCGACUUCACUCUCUCUCCACCGUUUAGCAUAACGGCGGAGACCUUCACCUCCAUAGCCGAUUUCUGUUACGGCUCCGAAGUUCAGAUAACGCCGUCCAAUGUCGCAGCCCUCAGGACAGCGACGGAAUUGCUGGGCAUGACGGAAGCCAGAGGCAUAGACGACGAAGAGAAUUUGGGUCAGGUGACGGAAGCGUAUUUCAGGGGGGUGAUUGCCAUUAAUCAAGAGUACGCGUCUAUGGUGCUGCGUUCGUGCUUGCCUCUACUGCCGGAGGCCGAAACGUCGGCGUUUCUUGUUAGUAGAUGUGUUGAAGCACUUAUUUUAGCGGAGGGUGGACAUAUCGAAGAUAUCACUUGUUUAGACGACGUCGUCGCGAUGCACCCUCAAGAUUUUCUGGUGGUCGCCGAGUCCAUGUGCCGACGAUUCAGAAACCAAGACAUCCUCUAUCGGCUCGUCGAUCUUUACCUCAAGGAAAACAACUUUGGGAAACUAGCAGAAGAACAAAAGGCUGAGAUCUGCAAUUGCAUAGACUGCACGAGGCUCUCACCUAAGACGCUAGUUGAUUGCGUUCAAAACCCAAGGAUGCCUUUGAGAUUCAUAAUCCGAGCCAUGCUAGUUGAGCAGCUCAACACUCGCAACUCCAUCGUCUCUGCCGCCGCAGUUUUUGACCACCACAGCGACGCCGCCGCCGCCACGACGUACCGACACCAUCGUUCCGAACUAGACCGGAACUCCACCACGCUUGGCGAGCAUCUCCACCACGAAGCCGUCAUUCACCACUCUGCUCACCUCCGGGCGGCGAUGGAGUCCACUAGCUCUCGUAUUCAGAGCCUUGAGAAGGAGCUUCGAGGAAUGAAGAAGCUCUUGCUCGAGAGCUCUCAAGCCGAGCAGGGGAGGCGGAGCAAGUUGUUGGACUCGGAACGGCCAAAGAGUUUCCAUUACGUGCCGAGCGAUAAUGGAAAUAAAGUAGAAAGAGGACAAAGAGGAUCUAUUUCAUCGUCGAGCUUUCGGUUUGAUAGCAGAACGGAGAAUCCUGAAGAGUUCAAUGGAGCUCCGAAAGUGGCCAAGACAUUUCGCCAGAAGCUGAUAAAUGGACUUAAGAAUGCGUUUCGUGUAUCAACUUCUGCGUCGAAUUGAGUUGGAAUGCACAGAGCAAACUCAGAUGAUGAAGCUGUACAUAGAGAAAUUGAAGUGAUGCUGCUCAUUAAUGUUAUCCUUCGGAAGAACUCUUCUUCUGAUUGGUCGUUUUCUAUUUUUCCACAAAAUAUUUCAAUUAAAAAAGCCACCUCUUCUGGGUCAAUUUAUAA